AUGGAAAAAUUCGCAUCGGAUUGUUUAGCCGCUCAAACCUUAGCGAAUAGCGUAUUUUUCAUUUCAUUGAUAACUAUCGUAACGAUCAUAUCAAUGAUUGGAAUAAUUGUACAAAUUAUCAUUAUGAAAAAAUAUGUUAUAUGUAUGGCAAUUCAUGAAAAUACUCGAAUACUUCUCGUUGCUCAUCAGAUUUAUCUAAUUUUACAUUGCGUAGCAAGUAUUGCAAAAAUUAUAAUCGAUUAUUUUUAUAGAAUCGUUGCCCACACUAGCGAUCUCAUUAUCUACAAAUUUAAUUAUCACGAUCCGUGUAUGUAUUUAUCAACGCCACUAAGAUGUUUUAUUAUUCGAACACCAGUUACGUUUACAUUUUGUAUAUUACCGUGUUCGAUGUUAUUAUUGGUCGCCGAAAGAGCCAUUGGAACUUAUUGGUCAGCAAAAUAUGAACGAAUGGGUCGAUUAGUGGCGUACAUUUUGAUUUUAUGCGAAGUAUAUUUUAUUAAGCUUAUCAAAUUUUUCAUAUUAAAUAGUGGCCAUUGA